UAGUGUUACCAUACCAGGGGUGUGGCGAUUCUUUCCCAUUCUCUUCUCUCUCUCCCCUCUCUUGAUAAACUCAAUGGGGUUGUCUAUUUUUAACCUCCUGUUCUUUCCUUUUGGCAGAGUCAUCAGUGUGAGCUGAGCGCUUUCCCUGAAUGAAUCCAAGUAACCCCAGUGAUUGCCUUCUGAAAUGACCAGCAGACACACAUCUGUCCAGAGGCCGUCCAGAGUAUAAAUUCUGGUUCUGAAGUACCAUGUCCAGCCAAGGAAGUCCUGGUGUGGGGUUUUCUACGACAACAGUCAGUUCAGUAGCUGUUCAGGCUGGGGACUCCAAAAUUGUGAUAGCUGUCAUAAAGUGUGGCAAGUGGGUACAACUUCAAUUGGCCGAAUCACAACCCAAUCUUCUAGAAAUUGGUAGCAGUCAAGAUGAAACCAAAAAACUUCUUCAUGAUCAUGAACUUCUUUUGGCCAAGCUCAAGGCUUUGGAAGAUCAGGUAUGGGAACUCUUGCAGGAAGCAGACAAGACAGCUGAAGAGAACAAGGAUCAGAGUCAGGUCUAUGAUGCCAUGGCCAACACUUUGGGUGAAGCAUGGGCAGCCCUUGUCUCCAUGCUUGAAAGAAGAAGGGAGCUCCUCAGGUUGACCUCUGAAUUUUUUGAAAAUGCGUUGGAGUUUGCUAUUAAAAUAGACCAAGCUGAAGAUUUCCUCCAGAACACCCAGGAGUUUGAGAGUGCUGAGUCCUUAAAGGCACUUCUUCAGCUUCAUGAACAUCAUACCAAAGAACUCUUAGAACGAUCUCUAGCCCUAUUAAACAAAAGCCAACAGCUCACUGACUUCAUAGAAAAAUUCAAGUGUGAUGGACCUAAUGUGAAUCCUGAGUUGAUUCAGGGAGCUCAUAACAGCUGCCUGAAGAUUGACAGCCUUCUUGAGCUUCUACAAGAUAGGAGACGGCAACUUGACAAGGACUUGAAGCACCAGCAGCAAGAACUGGGUCAGGUUCUGCAGUUAUGUCAGUGGGACCAGCAAGAAAAUGAGGUUACUUGUUGGUUUCAGAAAACAAUAAGAGAUUUACAGGAACAAAGUCUAGGUUCGUCGCUGUCAGACAAUGAGGAACUAAUCUGUAAGCAUGAGGAAUUGAUAAUAAAAGCAAAGGAGUGGAAUUCUGCUGUUGAGAAGCUGAAGAGUGAUGCACUUGGGAUUCUGCUGUCCAAGGGCUACGUGGAGAAAGAGCACCUACAGCUCUCUAACCAGAAACUGAAUCAGCUCCAAGGAGAACUUGGUCAGCUCAUGGCGGAAAGGAAAACUUGGUUAAGAGAGGCAAACGGUUUUUUUAGCAGCGCUAAUCAGGCAUUUGAUGUACUUGGGAGAGUCGAAGCUUACCUUAAGCUCCUUAAAUCAGAAGGUUUAAGUCUGCCUGUCUUGGCAUCGAGGCAUGAGGAAUUACACAGAGAAAUUAAAGACUGCACAGCUGAUGCUUUGCAAAAGGGACAAGCCUUAAUCAGCCAAGUAGACUCCUGUAGCUCUCCGGUAACCGGAGUCCAUGAGAUGAUGGGAUGCAUUCAGAGACGAAUGGACCAUCUGACCCAACAGUGUUCGGCGCACAAAGAAUUUGCUCUUAAGAAACAGCAACUAACUGCCUCAGUGGAGGGCCACCUCAAGAAGGUGGAAAUGUCAAUUCAGAAAAUCAGUCCGGUACUUUCCAAUGCAAUGGAUGUCGGUUCCAGCCUUUCUGAAUCACGGAAGAUUUUGAGUAAAUACUUGGAACUGGAUAUCCAAGCUAAGGAGACAGCACAGGAAUUAGAAGCAGCUGCAACACUUGUGACAGAGAAAAAUGAAUUUGAGCCUGACAAAAUGGCAUUGCUUUCUUCUAAAGCUAAAUGGCUGGAGGAAGAAUUAAAAAUCCUUGGCCAAAGCAUCAGCUCCAGGUCACAAGUCCUGCAAGCUUAUGUGGCGUUUCUACAGUCAUCAGAAGAGGUACAGGAGCAGUGUCAGGGCCUAAAGCAGUUUUACCAAUCUGGAAUCCUGCAGAAGGAAGAGGAUGCUGCUGAAGCCAAGCAUCAAUCUGACUCAGCUGAGGAGCAAUGGCAGCUAUUUUUGAAGAGGAGUUUUUUAACUCAAGACCUAGGGUUUGAGUUCCUUAUUUUAAUAAAUAUGGCAAAAAAGGAUGAAAUAUUAAAUGUGAAAAGCAGAGUACACUUGACGGAGAACACUAUGGAAAGCCACAAGGCAGAAAGAGAAGAACUCAGCCACCUUCGGAUGACAUGGCAACUUAAAGCCAUUGCGAGCAAGCCUUUGAAACAGCAGUGGGGAGCAUUCAAAGAACAACUCAGAAAGACUACUUACAACUUAAAACGUCUUCAGGAAGCACUUAUGCCUGUGUCUGCCCUUGACCUUGGAGGGAGCCUCCAGACCAUUUUAGGUCUACAGAAAAAAUGGAACGAAAUGAAGCCUCAGCUCCAGCAACUGAAUGAUGAAGUUCAGUACAUUAUAAAAGAAUCAGAAGAGUUAAGUGGCAAAGGAGCCCCCGUGAAAGAGAAGUCACAACAACUGAAGGAGCUUAUUCAUCUCCAUCAAACACAGAAAGAGAGAACCCGAGAUUAUGAGGAUAUCCUGUACAAGGUGGUCCAAUUCCACCAAGUCAAGGAAAAGCUGGGUCAUCUCAACAAAUCAAGGGAAAUGGAGUUUUUAGAACAGCCAAAGGAACUGGAUGAUGCCCAUGAAGCCCAGGUUCACCUCAGCCGCUUUCAGGAUAAGCAGGCACAGAUUGAUCAUCUCCAUGACCUGGCCCUUUCCCUGGGAGUGGACAUCAUCUCAUCAGUGCAGCGGCCUAACUGCUCUAACGUUUCUGCAAAGGACCUGCAGCAGCAGCUGGACAUCCUUGAGGGGGACAGCGUGAGCGGGCGUGCCAAGGCCGAGGAGUACGAACGGACCCUGGCCUGCAGCCUGGAGUACUGCACCACGAGGGACAGUAUAAACGAGCUCAAAGAGUCAUUCAAAGAUAUCAAAAAGAAAUUCAACAAUUUAAAAUUUAAUUACACUAAGAAAAAUGAAAAAGCUCGGAAUCUAAAGGCUCUUAAGAAUCAAAUUCAACAAGUCGAUGCUCAUGCUGAAAAGAUACAGGCUUUGAAAAGGAAAAUGGAAAAAAUUGAGAAGAAGACUUCUAAUUCUUUCUUAAAUUAUCCAAAUAAUAAAGUUAAUGUUCUUUUGGAAGCCAUGAAGGAUUUGCAAAAACAUGUGGAUGAUUUUAACAAAGUUGUGAUGGAUUAUAAGUUGAAUUUGGACCUGACUGAACAUCUCCAGGAGACAAUAGAAGAGUGUCAUUUUUGGUAUGAAGACGCAAGUGCCACAGUUAUAAGAGUUGGAAAAUAUUCCACAGAGUGCAAGACAAAGGAAGCUGUGGAAAUUCUCCACCAGCAGUUCAAUAAGUAUAUCAUGCCUUCAGUGCCUCAGCAAGAAGAAAGGAUUCAGGAGAUCAGUGACCUAGCUCAGCGCUUAUACGGUUUUGAAGAGGGACAGAAAUAUGCUGAGAAAAUCAUGGCAAAACACAAAGAAGUUCUUGAAUCUAUCACUGAAUUAUGUGUCUCUCUCACAGAGCUUGAAGAAAAGCUGAAGCAGGGAGACAUUUUAAAGACAAAUGUGAAUCAGGAAGAUUUCCAUGAUGACUUCAUCGACCUGCUGAAAGAACCAGCGAGAAAUAAGCAGACACUAUUCAAUGAAGAAAGGAAUAAGGUACAAGAAGGGCCAGAAAUUGUCUGCAGAUGGGCACUUACAGGUUUUACACAAGGAGACAAGACAUUCGGUGUUCAUUCCAAAGUUUCAACCUACCCAACCCUCCUAAGUCUGAGGAGGCCACUGUAGAUGAUCAUUCCUCAUGCUGGUCUCACGGGGUUUCACAAUGGAGAAUAGAUGUGCUGUCAACUUCAGAUGGAGUUUCAAAGUUCUAGCAGCGGUGCACGUCAUAGAGCAAAACAGAGCACAAGCUGUAGAUGGACCAACAUAAUUCCUGCUGUGCCACUGUCACGUUUUGAGCAACCUUCGUCCUGCAUCUUAUCUUGAUUCUGCUGCUGACCAUUUUUUACAGCGUGUGGUAAAGACAACUCAAUGCCUCAGUUUCCCAUUUGGAAAAAUGGGUUCAUCAUCUACCUCUCGGGCAAUUGAGAGUUUUCAUGUCUUAUAAAGAUUUGGAAAAUGGAAAGCAUCCUAUGAAGGCUGAGAGGGAUUACAUCGUUUGAUGCGAUUUAUCGUUACACUGCUUUCUGCCCACUAUUCUUGUUCAGAUGCUGUUUCUUUAGAAUAUUAAAGGAGUGGUAUUUAUUAGUCUGUGAUUUCCAACCUUUCUCAGGUGGGAAGAUGAUGUUUUAUGAAUUGGGGUUUAAAUUCCUUUCUAAUUUCUUAACACUACGUCUUUUUCAAAGACUUGAAAUUGAAACUAGAAGGAUGCACUUAGUAUUAUCUAAGGGGGAAAAGAGUGUAAUAAGACAAAAUAAGGUGAAUUCUAUCCUUUUCUUAUAAUUAUCACUGUAAUAUUGAAGAAUGUUCUAUGCAUUUCUGAAAUAUAUUAUUUAGAAAAGCAGACUUUUUUUGGUUCCUUUAAAAAAUAAACAUAAAUGAGAGAAGCAUUUGUUUUUAAGUUUUAAACAUAGCCUUGUCAUGGUAGGGCAAAAUCUUUAGUUGAAAGCAUAAUUUAUUAUAGAUUUUUGAUGAAGGGAAGAAAUUCAUUAUGUUGCUGCGAGACUGUCUAGAAUAUAAAAAUAUUUAAGUAAUAUAUUCAAGUUAAUAUUAAAAAGUUACUGAAUGUUAUCUGAAUAUAUGAAAUGUGUGUUUGAGUAAAGUUAACGUAUUUUUUCUGUGUACCAUUUUAAUUAAACAAUUAAAUCUCUUAAUUUCCUUCCAAUUUUGACAGAAACCUAUUUAAAGUUUAUGUACAUGAUGUCCUAGGAAACUCAUAGUCUCUUAAGUUUCCUAUCCUUUUUGUCCAUUUUCACAUAUUUAACAUAUUUGCCUAAUUGCUAUUUCCAUGUAGAAACUAAAUAGUAAAAUCUAUUCAUGUCCAAAGAGGGCAGGCAGGCAAAACGAGGUAUCAAGUUCUUUUCCCACUCUCUCUUUUUUGUUAAUUUAGUAAGACUUCCCUUCCCACUUUGUCAACUUCGUUGAAUUUGUGGCUUCAGGUUGUUAGGGCAUGGGGGUUGCUUGUUUGCUUUACAUGUUGCCAGUUAAAGGCUAAUCCUUUGGGAUCUAUCCAUCUAAAUAGAUGGAUAGUUAUCUCUAUCCAUCCAUGGCAUAUGACUAAAUAAGGUAUAAACCCCUGAUAUAUUUGAUGCAUAUACCAAAUAUAAUAUGUAUUUGACAUAUAUGUCAAAUAUAUGUAUAUACACACAUGUAUGUACACACACCUGGAGCUCAAAUAUUGGGAAAAAGCAUUGUGCUGAUAUUUAAGAUACAGUUCAGCUGUCUAUCUAUAUAUCAGUCUAUCUGUCCAUCCAAACAUCCAUCCAUCUAUCUAUCUGGUUAUCUCUCCAUCCAUUUUCAUACCUACCUACCUAUCUAGCUACCAAUUCUUUUGGAUUAUCAGUUGACUAUCUAGUGAUUUACACAGUAGUGAAGAGUAAUUAGCUAUUCAGUUAUUCUUCUAGUUGUAUUUUUAUCCCAAAGACUUAAGUGUGAUUUUCCUUUUACUAGGAUUUCUGCCUUGACCAAAGAAUUCUCCUUAAAAAAGUAUGAACUAAAAUUAUUUAUUAAAAAUAAAAACCUAGGAAAUUCAAAUGAUGUCUUUAUAUAUAGUUUAUGCCCAUUUCUUCUACAGAAAAUUCUGGACAGUUAAUAAUAUUUAAAAAAUUCUCAACAAGAAAAUGUGAAUGACAAAGAAGAUUAGAAGGAACAUGUACUUGACACCUUGAAGAAACACAACACAAAAUGUGUUUUAAGCUUCCUUAAAGGCAAAAUCAUUGAGCUUUCCAGUUCUGAAUAUUUUAUAAAAAGUAUAUAAAUAUUUGGCAGUAAAAAUUUUUUUCACGCUCAAUUCCAAGAGAAAUUUACUGCAGGAACCCUUCCAUUCAAAUCUCUCUGUAUUCUAAAAUAUCUAAAACCUUCGGAAAAAGAAGCAGUAAAUGAUUGGUUAUUUCAUUCAGUAAUGCUAACCAUCACUUAUAAUCAAGAUGCAGCCUUAAAGCAGAUUAUUGCAAGAACCUUCUAACCACUUGACUCAGGUUUAAAUUUCUUCAAGUGAUACACAAAGCCCUUUAGUACCUGGCCUCCCCUUCCCAAUCUCUGUUCCAUCCCUUCUGAUCCCCCCAGAAAGUGAAAUUUUACUUCAGGUUUUUAACUUCUCAUGUUCUUUCUUCUCUCCAGUCCUUUCUUCCUAGAACUCCCUUACUAUAGUCUAACCUAUCUUUAUGUGGCUUAACUCCUGCAUAUCCUCCUUGGUCUGUUUGAGACACACCUUCUCCCAGGAAGCCUUCUGAUCCAUCAAGUCCAGUGUAGAUGUUCCUGCCAUGUGUGUUGUCAACACCUGAGCUGCCCAUGUCAUGUCCCUUGAUACAUAGAAUUGAAAUUGCAUGUUUGAACAUCUGUCUCCUCUGGCUAGAAUGUGAGAUAUUUGUCGGCCAGCUCUGUGACAGCCCUGUUCAUCAUUAUACUCCCAGCACCUAAGACAUAGUCAUACCCAAAAAUAUUUUUUGAAUUGUUGUUAGAGGUAAGCAAAGAUAAAUCUAGCUUGUUUUUUUCUUUCUUUUUCUGGAGAGAGGGGGUGGGAGAAUGUUAAAAAAGAAAAGAUGUAUUUGUUACCUGAUUAUUCCUUCUUAUUAUGGAUGUUGGCCAAUCAGAAUCAGUUUCUAGUCAUGAAGUCAUUGUAGGCAUACUACAACGACUAUGUCCAAAAUGCCAAGCCAGAAUGUAUGUACGUCUUCAGAACACUACACAAAUUAUCAGUAUUUUAUUAUAGUAAUCAAUAAUCUCAGUUAUCUGGUUGUGUACAGAGCUUAUUUGCAAGGAGCAUUUCAUUCAUAUGUGUAAAUAUUAAAAAAGCCAAAUCCAAGAAUUUAGAUUUUGAUUUCCAAAUGAACAAAGGAAAAAAUAUUGCAUCUUGUUCCACUUGUUUUGUUUUUAUUUAUGACGGUUCCCUACUAGAAAUCGCCAUCUGAAGCUUUUGACAUUCCUGUUGUACGUACAUUAUUUUAAGUGUGUCCAUGAAAUAAGUUAUUUGAAACAAGAUAAACUAUAUCCUCCUAGUAUGCUCUGAUAUUGUGCAUGUCAAUGCAUAUGCCAAAGCAUGACAGACUGUUUUCCAUUAGCAGAAUCUUGAACUGUAUCAAAGAGCCAAAAGAUUUGCAUUCACUAAAUGAAACAGUGUCCUGCUUAAAGCAACAACAAUUCAUUUUCUCUACUCUCAUUACAUGAGAUGAGAUUUGAAUGUUAUCAGCUGUGUAUGAAUUCAGCCUUAAAAUGGAAAGCACAAAGCUGCUAAUUUGGCUUUUACCCAUGAAUCCCCACAUCACUGCUCCUUAUGUUGGUGAGAGUUUAUAGAGCAUCAUCAACCCAAGAAGCAGUGGUGAAGGUUGGAUGCAUGACAUUCCUCCAGAUGAACAAAUUCUUGAUCCUGGAGUUUGAGUGUUUGGCCACAUAGCAAUUUCUGCUGUUUAAUGGCAGUUUCAUUUGUAUAAGCCAGGACCUGGCAAAUCCAAUUCUUUGGAUUCUCCUUUUUAUAUCAUAAAAUUAACACCCCAUUUUCCCAAAAGGACAAAGGAAUACAAAGAGUUGUAUAGACAAGAAUGUUGGUGUGCAUAUAUUUCUAAUUAGCACAAUAAAGACUGGCUGAAAUAGAAAUAUAUUUUAACCACAGAAAUAGCUGGAAAACAUUUAUCCAACCUGAGUUUUCUUUAAACCAGAGCAAUAAUAGUUACAUAUUUUGACGUUUUCAAUCUGUAUUCAGAUGGCUCCCUGCUAUGGCUUUUCCCAUUUAGGACCCACUUAAAUAUCAAUACUUGUGAAAUAACUGCUCCAGACCUAGCUAAUGAAAUAAACUUUUCCCUUUGACAUUCAACAACUGUUCUUUUCCAAGAACCUUAUUGAUCCAAACAACUACAAAAUGGUAUUUUUAUCUCCUGUUAGCAUUAAAAAUAAUAUAAUGAAAUCUUUUGAAGAUAAAAAUUCAAAGGAUGAAAUAAAAAGAAACAUAAUUUAUUCAUGGUGAAUAGUCUCCAACCCAUAUUAUUCUCAUGACGCCAGAGAGCCUUUCUUUGCAAUAAGUAUAAUUCAAACCCACAUGCAAACAAGCUAUUGGCAAACAGGGCCACUGGAAAUGGAGACAAAAGUAGGAAACCAGUUACCUGGCAGGAUCGGAAAGGCUAAAAUAAAUGCCCAUCUGCUCCAAAGUGUCUUCUCUUGCAGCCAUUGCCACAUCAACUCCCAGAGGCCUACCUUUGAUUACAGUUAAUGUAGCUCCAGAAGAUGCCUCUUGAAAUGAAUAUUUAUCAUUUCUAUUACUCUCAAAGGAGUAAUAGAAUUUCUCAUCAUAUCCUGAUCUCAGUUAUCAGAUUAAAUAAGAAAAAAAAUAAAUUCUUGUGAGGAAAUGGGAUAUGCACUAAUCUGGAAGAGUUGUAUGCUAUGUUCCACUAAGUGUUGCAGAAUGUAGGACAGGAAGGGGAAAAUAGCCAAACAUCAGGGUGAUGUGUCAGCUGUGGGUUUCAUCCUCCCUCUCACUGUGAAUUUCCCAUAGAUUCAGGAAAUGAAUGCAUGUGGGGAGCCUCUGGGAGGGAGUGAGAGCCCGCAAUAAAAUGUGUCUGCAUGACAUUUUUUGUUACCCAAGUAGAGGACUGGACUGGACUGAAUAGCGUCAGGGUGGCCCUAAACCCAGUGACUUGUGUUCUUAUAAGAAGACCAUAACAGACAUGGAGGCAAAGGAGACACACAGGAAAAGGCCAUGUGAUAAAAGAAACAGAGAUUGUUGGCAUUGUCAGCUUCUGCAAGCUAUGCAACACCAGAUAUUAUAACAUAAGGAACAAGAAGAGACACUAAACUAUUCUUCCCCCAGAGACUUCAGAGAGUUCAUGUUUCUGCUGAUGCCUUGAUUUUGGGCUUCUAACCCUCAGAACUGAGAAAGAAUAAAUUUCUGUUGUUUUAAGCAACCCAGUGUAUGGUUCUUCGUCAUAGUAGCAUCAGGAAACCAACACAAGGACCAUGUUCUAGAAAAGUCCAGUUAAAAGUCCAGUUUUUUUUUUUGGUAAAAAAAAAAAAAAAAAAAAAAAAAAAAAGGAAAGACAAAGGGAAGCCAUGGUUAGAAAUGUGAACCAAAGGAUGAAGGUGCGGUAUGACACAGUGUAAAGAAGAGAGUUCAAUAGAUGGUACUACUAACACCUAAAUAUUAGGAUAUAUAUGACCCUAAAGAGCACUAUCAAUCAAUUAGAUCCAAUUUACAUACACAUUCUUCUUAAGCUCACAGGGAGCAUUCACCAAGAUAGACCAUAUUCUUGCCCAUAGGACACACCUUACUUAAAUUUAAAAGAAUAGUAACCAUACAAAGCAUGUUCUCAGAUCAGAACAGGAUUAAACAUCAGAAAGAUAGCUAGAAAAUAUUCACAAAUAUUUGGAAACUAAACAGUACACUUCUAAAUAGCACAUGGGUCAAAAAUAAAACUGAAGAGAAAUUUUUAAAUAUUUUGGAAUAUACAAAAAUACCUCAAUACUGACGACUGUUAAAUAUUAAAAGCCUAAUGAGGGAAUGCUAUAAGAAACUCCAAGCCCACAAAUUUGAUAAGUGAGAUGAGAUGUAUCAAUUCCUUGAAAAAUAUAAACUACCAAAGCUCACAGAAGCAGAAAUAGCCUGAAUCACCCAAUAUCUAUUUAAGCUAUUGAAUCAAUAAUUAGUAAACUUCCAAAAAAGAAAGUUCUAUGUGCAGAUGGUUUCACUGGUAAACCUACCAAAUAUUUAUGGAAGGAAUAAUACCAAUUCACCACAAUCUCUUCAAGAAAUAGAAGUAGAAUACUUAAAACUCAUUCCAUGAGAUCAGAAUUGCUCUUCUACUAAAACCAGGUAAAGAUAUUAAAAGAAAGGAAAACUAUAGUCAAUAUCUCUCAUGAAUAUAGUCAUGAACAUUCCCCACACAGUACAAACAAGUCAAGUACGACAAUGCAGAAGUCAAAUUAUAUGCACCAGUGGGAUUUGUCCCAGGUAUGCAAGGCUGGUCCAAUAUUCAAAAAUCAAUCAGUGCAAUCCACCACAUCUACAGGCAAGAGAAAUCACAUGCUAUGUCAACUGAUUCAGGAAUAACAUUCGACAAAAUUCAGCACGUGUUCAUAAUGACUUAAAAAAACUCUCAAAAUUAGCAAGAGAAGAAAUUUCCUCAACUUGAUAAAGAUCAUCUACAAAAAUCCUGUAAUUAACAUCAUACUUAAUGGCAAGAGACUGGACAUUUUGCCCCUAAGAUUGGGAAGAAUGUAAGAAGGUCUUCUCACAACUCUUACUCAACAUUGUACUGAAAGUCCUAGCUAGUGAAUAAGACAGGAAAAGAAAAUAAAAGUUUCGCAGUUUGGAAAAGAAGAAAUAAAACUAUCUUUAUUUGCAGACAGCAUCAUUUUCUAUGUAGAAAAAUCCCAAUGAAUCUACCAAAAACUCUUGGAACCAAUUAGUGAGCAUCGCAAGUUUAUCAGAAGCAGGUCUGCAACAACUACAUCUGGGAAAAAGGCAGGGAGUUAGCAACAAAUGAAUCACAGUGAAUCAAGCAUUUUCAGAGGUAGGGAUAAGGGCAGGCAACAUAAAUUUGUCCCUUUUCCAUAAAUUUGUUACAUCAUGGAUAUUUGUCAUCUACUUGCAAUAUUUCACACUUGAUUUUUCCUGCAGCUUUCUAUGAUAUUUUGGGGAUUUCAAAAGAGAUAAAUUAUUUGAAGAAGAUGAUGCUCACCAGAGCAAGGGGAUACUUGAUGUGGAACAUAAAUAAAAUUUGAUCAUUUGCUGGCUGUUGUCAUUAUCAACAAACCAAAGGAGAAAAAUUAGAAAGACAUUGUAAUUAUACCAUUGUAGAGCUUAGCUUUCUUCAACAACAGCAAUUUUAAUAUUAGAAGAAAAAGAACCCUUUUAGCCUCUGACAUCAAAUCCCAGAGUGGACGAUUUAUUAGCUGGUACUCCGCUACACUGCAAGAGUGAAGGUAUCUUUCAUGGAUUAGUACUUUCCUAUCAGCAAGGGUGAGCUCAUACUGCUAGUAUAUUUUUAAGACUUUUUGAUGGAACCCAGAGCUAAAAUAUGUCAGACAUUGUGUUAUACCUUUAAAAGUAAUCAGUUCUAUAAAAUCAUAUCUUGGUCUACUAAUUAAUUGAGGGAUAGAAUACAAAUGACUACUUUGGCACCUACAUUAAUCGGAAACUUCAAUGAAACUAAUCCUUUUGUAUUUUCUAAAUGUUAACUGUAAGUGCUUUCUUUAUUUCCAUGUUCUUGAAGGUGACUUUUGGUCAUAUAAAACAGAAUGGUAUUAUACUUUAUCACUUAAAAGAAAACCAGCUGAUGUUCCACAAAGCCAAGUACUGAAAUUGUAUUUUAUCAAAAGCUUUGUAAAGAUAACUAUAUAAACAAUGAAGUACUGUUAAGAUCCCAUCCACAACUUAGAAAUGGAUAUUCAAGCAGAGAACUCAUUGUAGUUGUUGUUCAAACCUAUGGCAACACAUUAUAUAUUUGAACAAAUAUUAAUUUACUAUUACAAUUAAAAAUGUAUCAUGGAAAGUGUACAUGUGCAAGUCAGGACCACAGUCUGAGCUACAGGGCCUAGUUUUCUUGGCAUAUGAGUCCCAUUCUGUGCUCUGACAUCUAACCUAUCUGGCCCAUCCGUCACAGGGAACAUAUCUCACAGGGAACCUUAGAAUUAGGAAUAUCUAUAUGGUUUCUUUUGAUGUGAGAAAUUAUCACUGAUUGUCUCAAACACAGUUAUAUAGCACAGCAUGUCACAUGUCAUUGUGAAUUAAUAAAAACCGUUUCAAGUGUUUUCACCACACAAGUGGGGUGUGUGUGUGUGUGUGUAUGUACACCUACUUGUUAGUAUGAGUUCUUAUCUGUAUGAAUUAGGUAAUAUAUAAAGUGCCCAGGUGAUGUAUGAUGUAAUGAGCUUAAAAAAAAAAAAAAACACUUCAUGUUGAUGGAACCAGUACUAUGACCAACUGAUGACCAAGAGUUAAUGAAGAAA